UAUUUUCCCGUGGGCAAGUUCGACCCAAGGCUGAAUAAUUGUUGCAAAAACACCAGGAAGUAUGGGGUAUACUAUUUUACGCCUCACACGACUGAACCAUUUUUCCGGAUUUAGCCGAAUAUGAAACGAGUGUCUGUGUCGUGUGUUAGAUGGUUACCAACACUCCUACCUGUAAUUGUGGGUGUUUGGUUUUUAAUUCUCAUUUGCAUUGUCUAUAGAACAAAUUUUUCACACAGACACAUAUCUUUACAAAAAAGGAUUUCGGAAACGUACAUUUUCGAUAUUGAAUACGAUUCAACAAAACAUACUGAAAAUACUAUUUUUCACGUGGAACCGUGGAAUUAUGAUUAUGACUCGGACGAUGAAACAUUUACAACUCCAUUGCCGCAAAGUGCUGUGUCAACUCCAUCAUCUCCGUCGACAUCUAAUAAAAUAACAACGCAACCUUCUCCGGAAAUAUCAAGCACAAUGCCAGUUCGGAAACUUGUGCAAACCACUAAUUCCCCAGGAAGGACGUUCAAGAAAAUGGUGACAUCUGAUUUGUUUUAUUCAAAGUUCGCCGACGAAUUUGAUCAUGAUAAACCUCAUGACAUAAUGGAUCUUCUACCUGAUCGGACAAACAUCUUAGACAUUUCAACUCCUGGUAAAGAAUUCAGAAAAUAUAACGCCGGACGAAUUGUACAUCAAUUAAACCACAUGUCAAGCGAGUAUAACUCCACCAAUGUCAAGGUCAUAUAUCUCUCUGGUAACAAAGGUUAUUGGCACCAUACUCCAGGAAUGUCAGCGUUUGAGCAGUGUCAUAUAAACGCUUGUACGAUAACAUACGAUGCAAAGCAGGGACCAAACGCUGACGCGUUGGUGUUUAGCAAUCCAGGACAACUUCCACGGAAACCCCCAUUUCGGAGGAAGUCUCCGAAACAAAUAUGGGUGAUAUCUAUGAUUGAAAGCCCAAUGAAUACGAAGAUGCUGAAAAAUUAUAACGGAUUGUUUAAUUGGACCAUGACAUACCGAACGAAUUCAGUGAUAGAAACACCGUAUUUUAAAUAUCAGAAAUAUAAAAACAGUUUUAUCAAGCCAAAUGCGGAGAUAAAUUAUGCCAAAGGAAAGACUAAAAAGGUUGCAUGGAUGGUUUCCAACUGUAUAAUGUCAAGAAGUGGCAGGAUAAGCUAUGCUAAAAAUCUUGCAAAACAUAUUGAAGUAGAUAUCUAUGGCGCAUGCGGAACAAAAAGUUGUCCCAAGAAAGAGGAUAAAAAGUGUUUACACAUGCUUGAGACUGAUUACAAAUUUUACCUGGCGUUCGAAAACACCAAAUGUCUGGAUUACGUCACAGAAAAGGCCGUUAAAGCACUAGAAAAUAAGGUGAUACCAGUGGUGUUAGGUGCUUCGAAGGCCACGUAUCAGUCAAUUCUUCCAACCGGAUCUUUCAUUCAUGUGGAGGACUUCCGCUCUCCAGAGGAACUUGCGCAACAUUUACACCGAUUGGAUAAAAAUGAUACCAUGUACAAUGAGUACUUCCGGUGGCGUGAGCAAGGAGAGUUCAUAGAAACAAAACCAUGGUGUCGCUUAUGUGGACUUCUCCAUGAACCUCUCCUACCGCCCGUGUGGUAUGAUAACAUCGAAAACUGGUGGCGGCCAAAGAAUGUUUGUAUCGACAAAUCUGAUUGGACAGAUAAGAAAGCGUCCUAACAUUAAAGUUCGUUGAUCUUGAAUGUCAAUGGUGUGUAUCUGGGAAAGGAACACACUUGCAAUUGUAUCUUAAUCAAACUUAAUCAGAAAAAAAAUUAAAAGUUAGGUUAACAGUGCGCCAGUUAUAAGCUUAUAAAGUUAUCUUUUAUUCUCGAAAAUGAAUAAGUAUCGAUCAUAUCAUUCAAUAUACAAUGUAUUUCUUCUUCACAAAUGUUGAUAAUAUAAUAACCUAAAUAUCGUUAUUUGUAAAGAUGCUUAACUCCAUCGACAUAAUUACAGACAAAAAGAGUCAGAGAAUACGUUGACAAUAGAGGAAUGUGUUCCGACGUCUACCAACAUAACCUCGCUUAACAUCUCGGACAUCUUUAGCUAUGCAAUUUCUAAUGCUGUUUUAGAAUCUAUCAAAGUUCUGCCUUGUCUCUGCUUUUAUCAACGUCCAUUAACUAAGGAAAUUCCUUUAAUUUUCCAUGGAAAAAGCACCAUUGGACUUAAGAGGAUCACAAACUUCGCAAUGCAAUGAAAAUUGUUAGUGAAGGAGUUAAGGUUAUUGAUGAAACUGGGUCCCAUUUUUUUUUUUUUUUUUCAGUCAUUUUCUUUAUGAUUGUGCGUUCUGUGUGAGUUUGGAUUUUGUGAUGUUACUGUACGUAAUGAAAUUAUGCAAAGACAAGUGAAGAGCCUAUAUUUUCAUAAAUUAAAUGCUUAAUUGUUUAUAUU